GGUCAAUCACCUCUGCUGCCGGGGCUGGGGGUAUGGAGCCACCGCUGCCGAGCUGCCCCAUGGCCCAGGCGAAGAUCAACGCGAAAGCCAACGAGGGGAGAUUCUGCCGCUCCUCCUCCAUGGCCGACCGCUCCAGCCGCCUGCUCGAGAGCCUGGACCAGCUGGAGCUCAGGGUUGAAGCUUUGAGAGAAGCAGCAUCUGCUGUAGAGCAAGAAAAAGAAAUUCUCCUAGAAAUGAUCCAUUCUAUACAAAACAGCCAAGAAAUGAGACAGAUCAGUGAUGGAGAAAGAGAAGAAUUAAGUCUAACGGCAAAUCGUCUGAUGGGAAGAACCCUCACUGUUGAAGUUUCCGUAGAAACAAUUAGAAAUCCCCAGCAACAAGAAUCGCUUAGGCAUGCCACAAUGAUCAUAGAUGAAGUGGUCAAUAAGUUUCUCGAUGAUUUGGGAAAUGCCAAGAGUCACUUAAUGUCACUGUAUGGGGCUUGUUCAUCUGAGGUACCACCUGGACCAAUUGAUCAGAAAUUUCAAUCCAUAGUAAUUGGAUGUGCUCUUGAAGAUCAGAAGAAAAUUAAGAGGAGAUUAGAGACUUUGCUUAGAAAUAUUGAAAACUCUGAUAAAGCUAUCAGGUUGCUGGAGCAUUCUAAAGGAGCUGGUUCAAAAGCUUUGAAGCCAACUAGCUUAAAGCAAAUUUAAAUAGCUUGGGCAACUUAAAGGCGCAAAUGAGUUUCCAUGUAAAGAUAAGUACUAUUUCAAGUGAUAGAUAAUAUGUGUUCCCUUGUAAAUGUUGGGCAGACCCAUUCAUUCUGUUUCAGCUGAUAAAAAUAUUCCAAGUGUCAUUGUUCUCACCAUGGAGACAUUUAUAAAUAGAAAAUAUUAACUAUAGCUCUAUUUUUUAAGUAAAUGUUUGUCUUAUUAUCUGGUACACCAUUACUUUUGACUAUAUUUUGGGUAAAAACGCGCAACUAUGUGAUAAUAAAAAGUGUGCAGAUGGUAGCAGUAUUCAUCAGUACUGUUUCCUCCCUUGUACCAUCUAUCUUGCAGUACAAGUCAACUUGGCAAAUUUAUGAACCAAAAUUUUUUCAUCUAAAAUCUGUCAUAUAGGUUAGGGUAUAUGCAACAGCUGGCUGAUGUACUUCUGACUCCUCCUGCUAGAACACAGACCAGUCCUAGGUUCUGUCUGGUGUACAACAGCAUGGAAGCAAAUUCAUUCAUUCAACACUUACUUAUUAAAUACCUAUUAAGUUGACCAUGAGACCCUAAGUCAAUCAACACUGAGUGCCUUAAGAGAAAUCCAAGAUAUGGUCCUUGCCCUGAUGGAGCUUCUACCAGAAUACCUGGCUGUAGAAAAGUGACUUUAAUUAAUUUUACAGAUAUUUGUGGAGCGUCUUCUAAGCUUAAGACAUGAUGGUACAUACUAUUAUGCAGACAAAAAUGAGUAAAGCACGAUCCUUGCUCUCGAGGAUCUUUAUCUUAAAGGUUGACUUAUUCCUGGAGAUAUAUGGCUCUCCCUAAUCUAUGUUGGGUUCUGAACAGUUUGCUUUCAUUCUAAAGAUAAUUUGAGGAAAUUCCAAAGAAUGAAAUUUCCUAAACUAGAAUCAUGUGUUGGGGUGGGGUGGGGAACCACCAAUGUGACUUUAUUCUAAUUUAUAUGAAUUAUCUUCGGUAUAGAAUUGUAACCUAACACAAAUUGCUAAUGCUAGUUUGGCAUCUUCCCAAUGUUCAGCAAACGCUUAGCUUUUACCUCCCUAUUCCUAAAUCCAGCAAGUGUGCCCUUAAAAAUUGAAUUUUAUUUGGUUGGAAGUUAAAUCUAAUGGACAUACAACAUUCUGAAGAUAAAUACGAUUUGGGCUCUGUAGUUUGGGGUUGUUCUCCAUACUUCAGGUCCUCUUCACAGGUAUAGAUGUUAUUGAUUAUUCCUUGUUUCCUUUGUUCUUAAAACCCAGCUCUGGUGAUAUGGUCUCCAUGAAGUCUUCCCUGAUAGCCCAAGCUAGAAGUGGUCCCACUCGCCUAGAAUUUCUUAUGCCUGUUUGACUUUUCCUAUGUACUUAGUAUAUUCUAACUUUAUUACAUGUUUUGGCAUACACUUUUAUACUCUUACUAGAUUGUAAGCUCCUUGAGGGAAGAGACUUUUUUUUCCUUUAAUCUUUGUGUCCUUAACAUCUAGCACAUAAUAUACAAUAAAUGUUUAUUGGAUAGUAACAGUGGACAUUUAUGUGCUGUUUAUAAGGCUAAUCAUAUGCUUUACCCAUUCAUUUGAUCUUUUCAACAACCUCAGGAGGAAGGAUAGCACAGGUAUCAUUUUUAUUUCACAUAUUAAAACACUGAAGCUCAGACUGAUGUGAUGUCAUUUUGGUACUCUGAGAACAGACAACCACCACCACCACCACACUCUAAGUCUGCUAUCUUUACACAUUUCAAAAUAUUUUACUUUCUGGGAUCUUGAGCCCCAUCUCAAUACCUUUUCUCCCCCUGCUUACCCUAGCCUUAUUUAGCCUUAUUUCUUCCAUUUCCAUCCUUUGCUCUCCAGAUUGAAACUGCUGAGUCAACACUAAGGUAGAAAAUAGAUCCAAAUGGAUGACAGUCUGAAAGAGUAUUCAGUUUAAAGUUCAACAAGACAAUGCUGAAUGUUUGGCUUUAUUACAAAAGCUAAGGGAUCCUUCAACUUUUGUAGGGGAAAAAUACAUCUUUUUUAAAGAGUAGGGGGUGAGGGAGAAGAGAGGAUGACAGUAAAAUCACAGGAGGCUCAGUUAUUCUGGCCAUAGAGAAGCCUAAGGGUGGUUUCCAAGUAUGUACCCCCUCCCAGCUUGAAAAGUUAAUAAAUAAGUAAGACUUGUUGAGAGGAAGGGGAAGAGUAAGCAUAGGUGCAACUCUCGUUUCACAAGGGCUUGAUCAAGCUUUGAGAUCAAGGAGUUGGGAACCUCUAUUUUACUUGGGUAUCAAACACAUUUAUCAAACCUAUGACCAUAUGGAAUAAAUAUUGACAAUAAAUGUGCAAAUAAAUGUGCAACUAUUUGGCAAGCUAUAAAUUAUAUUAAUGUGGGGGAAACCCCCCAAAAGCCCUCAUGUUUUGACAUUUUUAAAAGUACUUAUUGAGGUCAUAAUUGCAAUCCAAAAAGUUAUAUAAUGAUUUUUCCAUUCAAAUUCACAAAAAUGUUUUAAUAGCAAUUAUUAAAGGUGCUCAACUUCACCUUAAGUGCUGACAGUACUAUUUUUUAAAAUUACUAUUAACAAACAUGCUACUACAUAUUUCUCAAGAUGAUGGGGCCUGACCUGACUUCAGGUAAUCAAACACAUCUCUGAUCUCAUCAACUCAGAAAUUCUCUCCAGCAAUGCAGAUCGCAACCCAUCCAUGCCUGCCUAUCCUGCACGACUAUUUUCCAUGUCUUCCCUUAAAUCUGUCAUGGGUGUGUCUGAAUGUGCUAGAGACCUACCUCCUUUUCUCCUGACAUUCUGAGAGUACCAGUGGAGCACUCAGGCUGCCCACCUGCCCUCUCUCAUUGUCACUAUGUGCCCAGUCCAUUUUCUCUUCCUAUUAUGCAAUUGCUUGACGUCUUUUAAUCCGUUCUCUGAUCCAUUAGAAUUCCCCAUUGAUUCUAUGUUGCAGCCUGCUCACACCCAUCAUGCACAUCUCAGACACGUUUUUAAUUCUGCAGAGACUGAUAAAUUCCAUGUUUUACUUCCAUGCAGCAAUACUGGUAACAAAUAAGGUCUAAGCCUAAAACUGGCCCAACAUUGUACAGAAUACAAUUUCGACUUAAUGAAACCAUAAGGCCAUCUAUAAAGUCAUUAUUGUAGGAUAGUAGCUUCAGCCUUUUCAAAGCACCAUUCCCCUAAAAAAAAAAGAUAAAUACUGACAAACAAGCUUUUAAGUGAUUGUACUGCUGCAAAUAAAACUAUUUCAACCAAGUGACAUUAAAUUUUAUUUUAAAUAUUGAUAGGUUAAGCACUGUCAUUGUAUGGCAAGUGUGGAUAUUCUUGGGCUCUUUUAAACUUUUUUCACUAGUAUGUCACUCUUUUUAUCACUUUGGGGAAAAAAGUUCCAAUUCAACGUUGGUGAAAUAAUGGACUAACAGAAAGUCAGUUUUUAAAUUAAUUUAUUUUUUACUUCUUCAGAUUUGUUAUGAAAUUAUUUCACACAAUACACUUCAAAUUAAUUUUGAGGCCAUAAUUGUAAUCCAAAGUUACAUACAAUGGUUUUUCCAUUCAAAUGCACAAGAUUCAUGUUCAAAUAACAAAAUUAUAAAAGGGGCUCAAUUUUCCUUUUAAUUCUGACACUACUAAAUUUUAAUGACCAUUAAUCAACAUCCCACUACACAUCUCUCAAGAUGAAAAGGGAUGGCCAAAUUAUUUCAGUAGUGGUGAUUGAAGUUUAAUGACAUUUAAAAAUUUUGUUGAUGGAAAUAACUCAAAUGUAUGAUAGGCUUAAAUGUUUUGAAAAUAAACAUCUAAAUGUUGACAUCUUCU